GAAGGAGUGUUUUAAAAGAAACACGCACGAAAUUGAGGCUGACUGUAGGGGAUUUCAACCUCUCUUCCAGUCACUCUGUCCAUCCCAGCUGUACAACUUUUCAACUUUUGAAACCAUAGUGUUUAUUCUCAGAUAAACAAGAAACAGAAAAGACAAACAUUUUUACUAGACCAACUUUAAAAAAAACUUCAACUCCUUUUCAAAAUCCUUUUUUGAUUUGUUUUGUUUGACAUUUGUGUGAAGCAAUCUCACAUCCGACCAUCUGUUGUGCAGACAAAGCCAUUUUUGCGUUUCUUCCAAGUGCUUGGUUUUUAAACCUGUAGAGGGUCUCACUGUUGCCCUUCCCGAGGGAGCUGAAGGACUUCUCCUGCACUAUUGGAACAUUUCUGGACCCCAGGUGAGACCCAUCCUAGCACUGUCUCCUGUUCAGCCAGCGCAGCAUCAGAGAUGAGGAUGCGUGGGGACCUGCUGGCUCUCCUGGCUUCCCUGCUCGCUCUCUGCUGGAUCGCUGCCGGCGCUGGCGGCGGCGGCACAGAGGAGCAGACAGACGAGGAGACGGCCAAACAAGCACUGAUUCAGCAUGAUGACCAGCCUGCCGCAGGGGUGCAAAGGAGACGGGAUAGCAGGUCUCUGAUGGAUGACCCGACUUUUGGGGUGGAUGCCAUCAAACACGACCCAAGGGCCAAGAGAUCACCACAGGAGGAGCCAGCAGGUGAAGAAAAGCCAAAAAAAGAGAAGGAGGCCAAGGUGAAGAAGCCAAAAGCGUCCAAGCCAACCAAAAAGCCAAAAGCACCCAAGCCAACCAAAAAACCAAAAGCACCCAAGCCAACCAAAAAACCAAAAGCACCCAAGCCAACCAAGAAACCAAAAGCCACCAAGAAGCCCAAGGCUCCAAAGUCCAGUCCAAAACCCAAGCCAAAGGAAGACAAGCCCACAUCCAGACAACCUACAACGGAGGAGGAAGAGGACACACUACUUCGAGAGCUUGGCUGGGACGAUUUGUUCCACACUGCUCCCCCAGAGAAGACUAAUGAGAAGCAACGUAUUUAUCCAGACCAUGAUGAGGUAACAGAGCCUGAUCUACUGCCUAAACGCAAGGAGGAAACCACCACCGAGGACCCAAGCAUAUAUUUACCUAUACCAGAGGAGACCGUAGCCCCAUCAGUUGUUGUUCCUUGGUAUGAGGAGUACGACUAUGUUGACCUGGCUACAAAGAAACUGGAGGAGGAGACGGAGAAGGCACGGAAGGAGAAGGAGGAGAGAGCUGAAAAACAGAGGAAGAAGUGGGAGGAGGAGGAAGAGGAGAGAAGAAAGCAGACCCCCGUCUAUGUCGAACCAAAGAAAUGCCCUCCUCUUGGUCUGGAGUCGCAUAGAGUGGAGGAUGACCAGCUCUUGGCCUCUUCCAUGUCACACUAUGGCUUUUCUGCCCAGAGGGGCCGCCUCAAUAUGCAGAGCUCGAGCGACGAGGAGGAAACGGCGUAUGGCGGGGCCUGGUGUGCCGACCAGGACGAGAAGCAGCACUGGUUCCAGCUGGAUGCCAGGAAGGAGCUGGAGUUCACCGGGGUCAUCACCCAGGGCAGGAACUCUGACAUACAUGAGGAUUUUGUUUCUUCAUUCUUUGUGGCCUUCAGCAACGAUACUCGGGAAUGGACUUUGCUUCAUGAUGGUUAUGCGGAAUGGCUCUUCUAUGGGAAUGUGGAUAAAGACACUCCGGUUUUGACUCAGUUUGCCUGGCCUGUGGUGGCUCGCUAUAUCCGCAUCUUACCACAAAGCUGGAACAGCAGCCUGUGCAUGCGUUUGGAGGUGAUGGGCUGCCCUCUUCCUAAGAGCUACGUAAGUGAGAAUGAGGUUGUCCGCACAGAUGACUUGGACUUCAGACACCACAACUACAAGGACAUGAGGCAGAUGAUGAAAGUGGUGAAUGAGGAGUGUCCCAACGUCACAAGAAUUUAUAACAUUGGCAAGAGCUCCCAGGGCCUGAAGAUGUACGCGAUGGAGAUAUCGGACAACCCAGGGGAACAUGAAACAGGUGAACCUGAGUUUAGGUACACAGCAGGUCUCCAUGGAAACGAGGUUCUGGGUCGGGAGCUGAUCUUACUGCUGAUGCAGUUUCUCUGCAAGGAGUAUAACGAUGACAACCCCAGAGUGCGCCGCCUAGUGGAGGGAGUGCGCCUUCAUCUGGUGCCCUCACUUAACCCUGAUGCUUAUGAGCUGGCCUAUGAGAUGGGUUCUGAGAUGGGUAACUGGGUCUUAGGGCACUGGACAGAAGAAGGGUAUGACAUCUUCCAGAACUUUCCAGACCUAAAUAGUGUUCUGUGGGGGGCUGAGGAUCGAGGCUGGGUUCCUCGCCUUGUGCCCAACCACCACAUUCCGCUACCAGAGAACUUCCUCUCAUCUAAUGGUUCGGCAGCUGUGGAGACCCGUGCCAUAAUUACAUGGAUGGAACGGACCCCUUUCGUGCUGGGGGCAAACUUUCAGGGUGGAGAGAAGGUCGUGACCUACCCCUUUGACAUGCAGCGCCCCCCAAGGGGCUUCGGGCAGGGUGGCAGAGGGGGCCGACACCCGCCAAGCAUGGGCCACGAGAUGAAUGAGGAGACGUGGGCACGGAUCCAGAGACAGAACGAGGGUGCGUUGAGGGAGACGGCGGACGAGACAAUGUUCCGCUGGCUGGCCUCAACCUACGCCCACAGCCACCUGACCAUGACCGAGACACAGCGUGGCUCCUGCCACGCAGAUGACUUCAGCGGCGGACAGGGCUUCAUCAACCAUGCCAGCUGGAAGCCAGUCGUAGGCAGCAUGAAUGAUUUCAGCUACCUGCACACAAACUGUUUUGAGAUUUCCAUCUUCCUGGGCUGUGAUAAAUUCCCCCAUGAGAGCGAGCUUCCUCAGGAGUGGGAGAACAACAGAGAGUCUCUUCUGGCCUUCAUAGAGCAGGUACACCGUGGCAUAAAGGGAGUGGUGAGAGAUGUGUUGGGAAACCCCUUAGCGAAUGCCACUAUUUCAGUGGAAGGGAUCAGGCAUGACGUGAAGACAGCUGCCAUGGGGGACUACUGGCGACUGUUGAACCCGGGUGAGUACCGUGUGACAGCUCGGGCCGAUGGCUUCACCCAGCAGACACGUCUCUGCAUGGUGGGCUACGAGAAGUCUGCCACCCCCUGCAGCUUUGCUCUGGCCAAAUCCAACUGGGACCGCAUCAAACAGAUCAUGGCCACCAACGGCAACAGACCCAUCCGACUGAUACCCAAGCCGGCACCUAAGCCAACGGUCAGUGUAGACGCCAGCGAGGGCCACAACAGGGUCACAGGGGCCGAGGAGGUGGCACCCACACCCUCACAGUCCGAACGUCUCCGCCGUCUGCGCAUAAUGCGUCUGCGCAGGCUGCGUCAGCAGAGAGUCAGGGGUGGGGGCAGAUACACAGCGCCCAUCACCACAACAACCACCACGCUGCCGCCAACCACCACAGAGCCAGUCACAGAGACCACCACAUCCUGGUAUGACUCUUGGUUUGAGUUAGACAGCAUCUCAACUACUGUCACUCCCAUCGAGACGGAACUCUUCGAGCCUGAGGCCACUGUUGAUGACACCUUUGAGUACAGUAUAGAUGAGUAUUAAGCCACUGUGAUAAUGUAAAAUAACUUCCCAUAGCACAAAGCAUUCUCUAAUACUGUAACUAGUUUAGUAUUAAAGAGCUUAUGAUAGAAAACUUUCUCUCUGCUGCGCAAAGAGGUUCAAGUACAUACACAAUUAACUUAAUGGUGGGAGGGACUGUCUUGUUUUUAUCGUUUAAGAUAGGCCUGAAUCAGUUGAUAUGCCACAUUUCACUUCCUUUACUUUCCACUCUGACAAAUGUAUACAACCAAAUUGUUCUGUUUUCAUUGUGUCUAUUUGUUCCCAUGGGCAUUUAUUUUUUUCAAAUAAAGAGACAAAAAUAAA